AUGCAUGGCGGUGUUUUUUCUGUCAACGUUCAAGAGGUCAUGCUUCAAGACGUCAAAGUGGAUCCGGUUCCAGUGUCCAAUGGAAGAGGUGUCAGAUUGUUUGAGGGCGGCCUUUACUUCGGCGUGAGCGGAGCCAUCAGACUAGUUCUCAAGCAACUGCCAAACGUGGAGGUAGACAACCACGUUGACGUUGACGUGGACGGCAUUUUGAAGUGUCGCACGUACAGACGACAGCAGAAUAUUCACGACCCCACCUUCAAUCCACCAAUCUACUUCAGUCAGAAGCUGCGACUUGUUGCCGCUGCAGGUGAACACCACAGGGAUCACGGCUACGUGAGGCUCAAGCCGUGCCAAGUGAGGGUGUUUGGUGUGCCUGGUGACUUCGAGGACGUUCUCCUCCAUUCUGACCCCACCAGGUAUUGGACAACCCACGCUAGAGGCGGUUACUACAAAGCCUUUCGUAGCGUGACCGUUCUCUUUGGACGAGUUGCCCAUAUCAGCGAGAUUACUCUGAAACUCAAGGAGAACGCAAAUAAUACUCCCCGGUCGUUGGAUCUCGAUGGAACGCGAGACGGCAAGUCAUUCCACUUCCUCCGUAAG